AAAAUUUGACCAUCAUUGAACAAUACAGACAAAAAAUACAAUAAAUAAAAAAAAACAAAAACAAGUUAAACUAAUUAUAAAAAAUAAAAGAAAAAAAAAUUAAUAAAAACUUUAAUUAUGCCACAAAGAUCACCAUUUGGUAUACAAGAAUUAUUGGGAUUAAGUGAUACUUCACGUAAUGUUGGAUUAACAAAUACAAAUUCAAUUAUUGGAUCAUCAUCAUCAUCACAUCAUCACCAUCAUCAACAACAACAACAGCAACAACAGCAUCAUUUGAUACCAACAUCACAAACAAUAUCACCUCAAAUAACAACAACAUCAACAGUACCAGCAUCAUCUUCAUCAUCAUCUUCAUCAACAACAACAAUAUCACAAAUAAUAAAUGAAGGAUCAUCAUCUCAAUCAAUUCAACAACAGCAUCAACAACAGCAACAACAACAGCAGCAACAAAAUCAAUUACAACAACAACAAUCGUCAUCAUCAUCUCCAUCCAUAUCAUCGAUAUCGACAACAACAAUAUCAAAUCCAACGAUAAUACCAUCAAUUGGUACAGCUGCUGUAACACCACAAACAGCUAAUAAUGCACAAGCAGCUGCAGCUGCAGCAGCAGCUUUAUAUUCAAAUGUUAAUCAAAAUACAUUUACAGCUGAUCAACAUCAUCAAAUGACAAUGGCUGCAUCACGUUUAGCAUAUUUUAAUGCACAUGCUGCUGUUGCUGCUGCAUUUAUGCCACAUAAUAUGAGUAGUGCUGCUGCGGCAGCUGCUGCAGCAGCAGCGGCUGCUGCUAGUGGACAUCAUCCAUUAUUACAUAGUCAAGCUGGAACUGGUUUUCCACAAUUAAAAUCAACAUUUGGUUCAUCAGCGAAUUGUUUAACAGGAACAUUAGAUGGCAAAGAAUUUACAAUAGAUGGUAUUAAUGGUUUUGGUAGUAAAAAGAAAAAGAAAAAACGUCGUCAUAGUCGUACAAUAUUUACUAGCUAUCAAUUAGAUGAAUUAGAGAAAGCAUUUAAGGAAGCACAUUAUCCUGAUGUUUAUGCUAGAGAAAUGUUAUCAUUAAAAACAGAUUUACCUGAAGAUCGAAUACAGGUCUGGUUCCAAAAUCGAAGAGCAAAAUGGCGUAAAACAGAAAAAUGUUGGGGUAGAAGUACAAUUAUGGCAGAAUAUGGAUUAUAUGGAGCAAUGGUACGACAUUCAUUACCAUUACCGGAAACCAUACUAAAGUCAGCCAAAGAAAAUGAUUCGGUUGCACCUUGGCUACUAGGUAUGGAGGCAAAAAGUAUGCAUCGUAAAUCAUUAGAAGCAGCUGAAACAUUAAAAAAUGAUGAUAGUGGUGGAAGUGAUCAUGAUGAUUCAUUAUCAAAAUCAAGUGAAGAUCAUCGUAAAACAUCAUCAACGGAAUCAUUAAAUGUUGUUUCAUCACCACCACCGCCACCACAAUCAUAUUCUGGUUCAACACCAUCAACAACAAUAUCAUCAGCAUCACCGACAAGUCAAAAUUUAAAUAGCAUAGGAAGUAUAAGUCCACCAACACAAGCACAAAUUUUAUCAAAUAUGCAUUUACAUCAAAAUGGACAAUUGAAUUUACAUGCAAAUAAUGCUGUUGCAUUACAUUCCGCUGCAAUGUUAAUGUCAGCUGAAAGAGAUAGCCUCAAAGAUAUUAAUAUAAAUGAUAAUAAUUCAAUAAAUCAUUUACAAGCAUUACAUGCUGCUAAUUUAAGUCAACAUAUUCAACAAAAUUCUCUUAAUAUAAGUGGUAAUAAUUGUAGUGGUGGUGGUGGUGGUAAUGGUGGUGGUAAUAGUGGCACAAAUAAUAUUAAUAAUAAUUCUGGUAAUAGUAAUAAUAAUAAUAGUAGCCCGAAUGGUAAUAAUAAUACAACAAAUUAUGAACAAGACCCAGAAACCUUUAGGUGGGUUUACAACUACAACAACAAUUGUGAUCCAAUGUCUUAUAUACGAAACAAUUCAAUUGCUUGUCUUCGUGCUAAAGCUCAAGAACAUCAAGCUAGAUUAUUAAAUAGUGGCUUAUUAUUACAACAAGUAAGAACAUUACAAAAUCUACAAAGUAGUACACCAUCAAUGCAAAAUAAUAUUAAUUGUGAUAGCCCAUUUAAAUCUAAUUUAAAUAGUAAUAAUAAUAAUAACAUGAAUAUAAAUAAUAAAUAUCGCGAUAGAAAUUUAUCAUCACAACAAACAACAAAUUUAUUAUCGGGAACAUCAACUUCAAAUAGUGGAACUAUUGAAUCAUCAUCAAAUUUAGAUAAUCAGCAACAGCAACAAUCUCAAGAACAAUCUCAAAUUAAUACAAAUAAUAAUAAUAGUAAUAAUAAUAAUAUUAACAAUAAUAAUAAUAAUAAUAAUAAUCGAUUAAAUAUACAAGAUUUAAGGCAAGAUAAUACAAAUGAAUUAAAUAUUGAAAAUGAUCCACAACAUUAUUUAUAUAAAAAAAUUAAAACAGAACCAAAUUGUCAAAUAAAUGAAAUUUGAUAUUAAGAAAAUUAAGAAAAAAGAA